AUAUCAUUUUUCUAAAAAAAAACAAUACAGCAGCAUACAUAAAUACAUAUAUCUCGAACGAUUUACAUAUCCGAAAAGGCACAUAGAUGCAAAAGGAACGCCAGCGGCGAUGGUGGCAGCCGCAGUUGCAGCUGCGCUUGAGGCAGAUGAUCCGGCACUGUUGGAUCUUAUUCCAUUCCUUGAGUGUUUUUGUUUCAGCUUGUUUGAUUUUACUGAAUCGUAUCUUGCCUUGUGUACUGAUGUUGCCCGCAAGAGUCCAUCUGGUCUAAGACCAGUUCUAAAGUCUUAUGAGAGAAAAGACAUUGCAAAGGAGUUUCUUGAGCGCUCUAAAGGGUAUCAAAGUAUUGAUAAUGUAGGCGGAUGCAAGAACAGAGGCAGCAGCAAAGAAGUUUCUGGCGUCGUUGAGGACAGAGUUAGUGUAUAGUUCUGGAAUUUGCGUUCCCUCUGGAGUAUGAAACAAACGAUCUAUCACAUUAAUGUAGAAGUUUCCAAGCUUGAUUCUGCCAAAAAAAAGUCUUUCUUUGUAAUGGAGAUCAUACAUUUUUGAGAUUGCGUUUUUGACUGCAUCAUUCAAAUGGUUGACAAAAAUUGUAAUUUUGCCUGGACAUAGGCAUUAUACUCUUUCCAUAAAUAUCUCUAAUCAAU